AUGAGUUCCAAAGAUUUCAAUUCAUUUGACAAGUCCUUUUUAGAUCUGGAGAGGGGCGAUAGAGCUCUUUCAUCUNGUAAAGGCACUUGGGGAAAACUGCUCGAUACUGAAGGUGAAUCUCAUCUUGAUAGAAAUGAUCCGAACUACGACAGUGGUGAGGAGCCAUAUGAGCUUGUAGGAACUGCUGUGUCUGAUCCAUUAGAUGAUUAUAAGAAAUCAGUAGUAUCAAUUAUAGAGGAAUACUUCAGCACUGGUGAUGUGGAACAGGCUGCGUCUGAUCUCAAGGAAUUAGGUUCAACCGAGUACCACCCAUAUUUUAUUAAGAGGCUUGUUUCUAUGGCAAUGGAUAGGCAUGACAAGGAGAAGGAAAUGACUUCAGUUCUUCUUUCUGCUCUUUAUGCUGAUGUAAUCAGCCCUACCCAGAUCAGCCAGGGGUUUUACAUGCUUCUGGAGUCUGCUGAUGACUUGUCAGUGGACAUACCAGAUACU